AGUGAAAACGAUGUGGCAGUGCAGUGUGACUGCGUAAAAUGCAGUGACGAUAGUUGUAAUACGAUUGUAAACUGAAACAGGUUUUGCUCUACGUGCAGAUUUGUAUUUAUUGCAAUAAAUACUUACUGCAAAAAUAUGAUAACUCCAAAUGCAGGAUAUGGGUUCUUAACAGAAGUAAAGGCGCCGUAAUUUGCUGUGCGUUCCUUUGAGCUUUAAUUGAAGAUCUUCAUUCUUAUCAAAUCCACGGAAUAUGGCUUUCUGAAAGACAAGCCUGUCGGAUUGGGCUAAUUAUAAGGACGUGUCAUCUGUAUUGGAUUACUCAUAUUGAUUAAUAAUUUUAUAUUUUUGGAAUACCAUUAAGAUAUCCUCUUGAGUGAGGCAAUUCAAGAUCCAAAUAUUCCAACCAUAAUAAUUUCUUUGGAUCUUGCUGGGAAGAAGAUCGUGUUUGUGCGAUGUUGCUGUCAUGCUGCGACCAUAUCAUUUGGAUGAUUUGAUGCAAAUGUCUGUCAGUUCAGUGGGUCGUCCUCCACCGCGAUUACGGAUUAAAUCUGGAUUAACGCACACAUUGCCUCCUACGUUUUUUCUGUGGAAUUUAUUGUUUAUUAUUUGCAUAUUGUGCCCUAUUUGCCAUUGUUCUGGCAGUAUUGUAUCGACGUUUACCAUCGACGAUGCAGGCAGCACCGGAAAAUUUGCUCAUCUGCACGUUCACCGAUCCACUGGCAAGGUGUACGUUGGUGCUGUCAACCGUUUGUUUCAGCUGGAUCCGGAUUUAGCACUGGAAGAAUCUGUCGUUACGGGACCCGUUAACGAAAGUCCAUCAUGUCCAGUAAACGGGGAUUGCUCCAGUUAUCCCAGAAUCCUUAAUCAGAAUGAAAACCGUGUUUUACUUCCGUACUACGAUCGCGAACGUUUGAUUGUAUGCGGAACAGCUAAUCACGGAAAAUGCGUUAUGCGCGAUAUGAAGAACAUUACGGGGCUGUUGGAAAGCGACAAUGUAGAGGAGGCCGUUGUACCGAUGGACCCCCAACUGUCCGUAGUGGCGUUCGUCGCACCUGGGCCACCGAGUGCCAUUGCCGGCGGCACCAGCAAAGUUUUAUACCUCGGGAGAUCAGUUUAUGCUGGAUCGGAAGACAAUGUGUUCGCCGUAAGCAGCCGCAGUUUAGAUCCUCGCAACCUUUUCCAACUGGUCUUCAAUGACCCUAUGAAAAGUACCGGUACAUAUGUGAUGAUCGACUCGAAAACACGGCAGAAUUACAGGAUCAACUAUGUUCAUGGAUUUGCUUCUGGAAGAUUCAGUUAUUUCAUAACAACGCAACCACGCUCGACGGAUUUAUAUGAACCAGUGCGGACCAAACUGAUUCGAAUAUGUCAGGACGAUGAAAAUUAUUACUCGUACACCGAGGUGCCUCUGGUCUGCGCCAAUUCUGAUAGAACAUACGAUUUAGCGCAGGCCGCUUCCCUGGGCAGCCCGGGAACAGAACUGGCAGCAAAUUUGGGAAUAAAAGUAACGGAUGAUAUUCUUGUUGUGGCCUUCGCGGACCAGGCAGGCGAGCCUAAUCAAAAUCGACCAGACUCCCAUUCGGCUGUGUGUAUGUAUUCACUGGCACAAAUUCAACAGCAGUUUACUGAUAAUAUCCGGCAGUGUUUUAUUGGAAACGGGAUGGCCGGAUUGAGUUUCAUCCGGCAAACUAAGCAGUGCUUAAAAUCGUUAAUAGAAGUUGGUGAUAACUUUUGUGGCUCUGACUUCAACUAUCCCCUCAACGGAUCCAUUCCCAUAACAGCGACUCCCAUCUUGACAUAUUCCGACGUCCGUAUUACGGCUGUCGCCACAUCAGUUACACAUGCCUACACUGUGCUCUUUUUGGGAACGGAAAAAGGCGUUUUGAAGAAAGUUCUUAUUGACUCCAAGCAAACCGCCCGCGAAUAUGAAGAAAUUCCUCUGUCAUCGGCUCCUAUUUUGCCGGAUAUGCACAUCUCACCGACGAAAGAAUUCAUCUACGCCGCGACAGCCUCACAGAUCAGCAAAAUUCGCGUACAAGACUGCUCUGUUUACACCAGCUGUGGAGAUUGUUUGGGGCACUAUGACCCGUAUUGUGGUUGGUGCUCACUGGAGAACAAGUGCAGUUUGCGGAGCCAGUGUAGUGCUAAUGCAGCGAAGAAUGAUAACACCUAUCUGUACUGGUUACCGUUCAAGAGCCAAAAGUGCACCCGGAUCGUCUCCGUUACGCCAAGCCAGAUACAGCGCACAACAUCACGCACGUUGGCCCUUGCGAUAGAAAAUCUCCCAUCUGCUGAUGGACCGCUUGUAUGCGUAUUUUCGGCACAAGGUCGCAGUUUGGAAACAAACGCCACUCGAAGCCAAGAUGGUGUUUCCUGCCUAACACCGCGGGUGGAUUUGCUACCGGAAAUCCCGGACGGUGAGAACGCCGUGUCGGUCCGUGUUGCCAUCCGGUUGCAAGGUGCUGGGACCGAGUUCGGCGCCGACAAUGUGACCUUUUAUGACUGCGCUUCCUUGGACGACUGCACGAGCUGCGUUUCCAGCCCUUAUCCCUGUGACUGGUGUGUUCAGAAUCAUCGCUGCACUCAUAAUGCCGGCGAGAACUGUCGCAGUGAUUACCUGGUCAACGGGCAGAAUCGCAGCGGGUACAGUUCACGCUCGGGACCGGAUUUCUGUCCACGCAUUGGCCCGGCUGAAGGGUUCGUCAAGGAUCAGUACAUGCUGGUGCCGUCUGAUAUGCUGAGGAAAAUCAUGGUUAAAGUCGAGAAUAUACAACCGUUCCAGACACGAUUCACCUGUGUGUUCAAUAUUGACGGUCGAGUGGAACGAACGGAAGCCAAUUAUGUGGGCGAUACGGUGUCGUGUUCGCCGUUGCAGUUCGCUUACAUGGCGACGGCGCCGAAUGCCACCGCGCAGUUAGAUAUUACAUGGGCAGACAGAAAACCCCUGGAUAAUCCGAAAAAUCUACAUGUCCUCAUGUACAAGUGCGCGAUUAUGUCAUCAAACUGUGGGUUCUGUCUGGAUUUGCCGAGCGAGUUCGAAUGCGGCUGGUGCGAGAAGAGCUGCCAGGUAACAAAUCAGUGCCCCGGAGUGUGGUUAAACAAGAACUCCACUUGUCCUAAUCCGGAAAUCCAACAAUUUUAUCCGUCACUGGGCCCAUGGGAAGGCGGCACGUUGGUCACUAUUGAAGGCAUUAAUCUCGGGAAGACGUUCGGUGACAUUGCCAGCGGUGUGCAAGUAGCUGGCCGACGUUGCAGCCCCAUUCCUGACCGUUAUGAACGUACAUCCAAGAUCGUCUGCCAGACGGAUGCUGUGGAGCAGCUUCAAGGCGACCAGAUUUUAAGCGGGGAUGUGGAAGUGGCUAUUGCCCGACAGUUUACGGCUCUAUCCGAUUCCAAGUUCAGUUACGUCGAUCCGAAGUUGGCCAGCUUUUCCCCCAAACUGGGGCCCAAGUCCGGUGGUACACAGUUAACAAUUCAGGGGCGUUAUCUGAAUGCCGGCAGCCGCGUGGUUGUGACGGUGGGGAAAAACGUUUGCGAUGUGCAGCGGCGGAAUGCAACGACACUGACAUGUGUCACAUCGGGUGCCGCAUCGAUUAGUGGAGGUUUAAUUGAAGUGAUGCUGGAUCGGGGUCGACGGCAGUUGGAGGAGCAGUUGUUCGAGUAUGUGACUGACCCGGAAGUAACACGAGUCAACUCCUUUGGAUCCGGACAACUUAAUUUGGGUCCAAGAGGCACUGCUUCCGGGGGAAGCUAUAUCUUUGUGGAAGGAAGUAAUCUCAAUGUGAUUGCCCAACCGCGGAUUGUUGUCCAUUAUAAUGGCAGGGAUUACGAAGGCAUGUGCACGGCAUCAUCGGACAUUCGGAUGGAAUGCCGCAGUCCAGCCAUACCCGAUCUCGGUUCCCGGUCUCGACGGCAGCGCUCCGUGGAACGGCCUCUGGAGCUGGAUUACAGUUUCUAUUUGGACGGCGUUCAGUCGGUGCGGAACAUCUCCAAACUGGGCCAGCAGUUUCCCAAGUUUAAGUUGUAUCCCAGUCCGGUGGUGGCCAACUUCUCCGACCCCAACGGGAUUAAAUACCAUAAGAGCGAGUAUUUGUUUAUCGAUGGAGAGAAUCUGGAUCAGUCGUAUCGGCUGGAGGAUUACCGUGUGGAGAUUGGCAUGGAGCUGUGCAAUGUGACCUCCUUAACGCAGCGCCAGCUGACUUGUCGACCGCCCGAUACCGAGCCGGCGGCGCGCGGCUUAGAUGGACAAGCGCGUAUCGGAGCGCUGCCGGAAGUGCGUGUCAUCAUUACCGAUCGACAGAACUUCACAAUUGGGACACUGUCAUACGAGCCGCUGGCGGGUGCGUCCCUAUUUACAACGGAAGUAAUCAUUGGAAUUUCUGUGGGAUGCGGGGUCCUGAUAUUGAUUGUCAUUAUUUUUAUUAUCCUGUACCGGAAGAAGACCAAUGAGAGCUCGCGGGUUUUGAAGACAAUGCAGGAUCAGAUUGAUGCGCUGGAGUUGCAGGUGGCCAGUGAGUGCAAAGAGGCCUUCGCCGAGCUGCAGACCGAUAUUACUGAUUGGACCGGAGACUUGUCCACCGGGGGCAUUCCGUUCCGCGACUAUCGCUGGUACGUGGCCAAGGUGUUAUUUCCGAAUUCGGAUACCCAUCCCCUGAUGACCGGUGAGAUGGUGGUGGAUCCGGCACGGAAACAGAAUAUCGAUAGUGGACUGAAACUGUUCGGGGAGUUGCUGCACAAUAAGACGUUUCUGCUGACGUUCAUCCGCACACUGGAGUCUAAUCGAUAUUUUGGAAUGCGCGACCGUGUCAAUGUGGCGUCGCUGUUAAUGGCCGUUCUGCAGAGUAACAUGGUUUAUUGUACGGACAUCUUGAAGACCCUGUUGAGUGACUUAAUUGAAAAAUGUGUCGAUGGCAAGAGCAAUCCGAAUCUCAAGCUGUUAAUGCGGCGCAACGAGUCGGUGGCGGAAAAAAUGCUCUCAGCAUGGCUGACCUUUUUAUUAUACGGUUUCCUGCGGGAUGUUGCCGGACGGCCGCUAUAUUUAUUGUAUCGUGCCGUGCAAAUGCAAAUUGAAAAGGGCCCAGUCGACAGCAUUACAAGUGAGGCCAAGUACUCGCUAAGCGAAGAAAAGCUAAUCCGUCAGAAAAUUGACCACAAAAAAAUGCAUAUUUAUGUUUCGUGUGUGGAUUCGGAGCACAGCAGUCAGGAUUAUCAAGUAAAAGUACUGGACUGUGAUUCCAUCACCCAGGUGAAGGAAAAGGCCCUGGACGUGAUUUACCGCAACACGCCCUUUUCUCGGCGUCCCCGACCGGAAGCACUGGAUCUGGAGUGGCGAACGGGGCAGGCGGGCCGCUGUCCACUGCAGGAUGAAGACACUACCUCGCAGACGGAAACGGGCAGUGCCGGCACCAUGUGGAAGCGACUGAACACCCUGCAGCAUUACCAUGUUAAUGAUGGAGCUGCCUUUGUGCUGGUGCCAAAGCACACAAAUUUCUAUAAUUUGACAAUCAUGUCCGAUAAGUCGGAUAAGUCGUUACAGUCCCAUAAAUCUAGUCCGGCCCUCAGUCGUGGCGUGUCGCCUUUCGUACACACCGACGCCGAACACGGAGUCAAAGUGUGGCAUCUGGUGCGGCCACACGACACUCCCGAUCCUCCGAGUCGGGACGGGACCACGAAGCGCGGCAGCAAAAUGAUGACGGAGAUUUAUCUCACACGCCUCUUGACCACCAAGACCACCCUGAAGAAAUUCAUCGACGAGAUGUUCGAAUGUAUACUCAGUACCAAUACACGCGGCUAUGCAUUCCCGGCGGCCAUUAAACACCUGUUCGACUUCCUGGAUGACCAGGCGCUGCACCAUGAGAUCAGCGAUCCGGAAGUGGUGCAUACGUGGAAGAGUAACAGUGUGCCGUUGCGAUUUUGGGUGAAUCUACUGAAGAAUCCCAAUUUCAUCUUCGACAUUCACAAGUCCAACAGCGUGGAUUCCUGCUUGUCUGUGAUUGCUCAGGCUCUAAUGGAAAGCUGCUCGACCUCGGAUCUCAAACUCAGUAAAGACUCACCUUCCAGUAAACUUUUGUUUGCCAAAGAUAUCGCCAAUUAUCAGGAAUUAGUGCGCAACUAUUACGAUGAUAUCAAGUAUCAAGUACCGGAAAUCACUGAGCAGGAGUUUAAUCAGCUUCUUGCUGAAGAGUCAAAGUUGCACCGCCAUGAAUUCCAUACCCGUCCGGCUUUACUUGAGCUCUUUACGUACGCCAAAAAGCACAUUGAUCCCUUGAUGGCGGCGUUGAGUUCCGAUGAAUUCUCGGAGCGCGCCAAAAUCCCGACCCGUCUGUUGCAGAUCCUGCAGCUAAUGAAUGCCGAUGGUUUGAACCGCAAGUGAAGCUCUGGACCAAACCGACUAGCCCAGCCCGGCCCAACAAGCAUUCGUGGGUACGAAUGAGUACUACCUGCUUGGAUGGACAAUCCUAUCCUGUUCUACGUCUUUCGCGCGUUCAUGUUCAUGUGUGUGUUUUGUGUAUAGAAUUUUAGAACCUCAAGUUUUUAAUUACUCUGUGGAUUGCAACGUCACAUCGAAGUGUUUUAUCUUUAUGCGCAGAAAGUGUUUUUUAUGUAUUCGUGUAUGUAAAGUCUUACGGAAACGUUUUUGACCAAAUUCGGCUUUUUUGUAUUUUAAUUUUUUAUCACAUCACGGAUGGGGAUGGGUUUUGCACGUUGUUUUGUGUUUUUUGACAGCUGCGCACGUAUUUUUGUUGUUUUAUUCUUUUAUUAAAAGAAUCUAUCGGA